AUGGAGCGACCCGGAACUGAGCAAACUCUGGCAUGGCCACCGGCGGAGGACAACGACUUUCAUUCACUUCGUCGAAAAUAUCGUUCAAUGGAGAACGUAGCGGAUCCUGCCCGGGAGAUAGCAACGGCCAGAUCGCGGCUUCGUUCAGUUAUUGACAAGAAUGUUACUAUCGAAAAACCCAAGCGAGAUCGCGUAGAUACGCUGGCGGAAUUGGGACAUAUGUUGGACGAUGCCAUCGAGGAUCAGUCCUUGAUGCCAGGCGUGAUAUCUGCAGAAAUGAGUGAUGAAGCUACGCCUAGACCCGACCUAACGAGUUAUUCUCAAACGAGUCAACCAGUAUGCCAUCACUCACAUUCACGUGGUCCAGAGGUCAGACAAAGCAUGGGAAGUGCCAUGCCACGUAGCAGCGAGGAAUUCGCUAGAGUCAACAACGCGGAGAAAUCGAGGCAUCGGCAGCCACCUCUCAGGAAGAAGUCUCAUGAUGACAAGCACGGUACAGAGACGCCGCUGGUCGAAACCCGGCCAAGAACAUCGCCUGAGCGUCAACUGUCUUGCUCUGUCCUCGAGCCGGGUUCACAGGCUUUGACCCGCCCCGACGAGAAGCUCAGCCCCGUCAAGCAGAGGGCGGCCCUAUUUGAGAGCCUUGUCCAGAAGCCAUCCGAACACGAGCAGAUAUGUCAGCAUUUUCCGCCCGGACGGGGAGCUCCCCAAGGUGGAAGUCACAAUCGCAAAGAGACGAAAAGGUUUGCGAGAAUCAAGUUUGGAGGCACCAUUGAGGAAAGACCAGCUACACCCUUGAUACCGUUGACUCUACCAACGAUAGUCAGUACUGAACAGAAUUCGAGCACAGAUUCUUCGGUCAUGACAGUAGAGCAGCCCGCCCCGGAACAUGCAGCAUCUGUGGACGACAGGGCUACGGAGGCUGUUCCCCACCAGCGAACGGCAUCCAUGAACUGGCCGUUCAAGUGGACUAUCUUCAGUAAACCUCCAUCAACGCCACCCCAAGAAGCAAGACCUCUCCUGACUGGAGACGAAGCAAAGGAUGUACACCACCCAGGGAGCAAGCCAAGUGCAGUGAAAAGUAUAGUCCAAGACUUGCUUCAAGCCGCCAACGGAAAGGACGAUGCUGAGAACCGCAGAAGACAUUCGGAAAAGGAACGUCUCAGCCGGCGUCAAAGCCGUCCCCCUCCAGUUGUCAAAGAGUCCGAAUUGGGAGAAGGUAAGGUGGACCUUGAAGAUUUGAAACCCGCCAAUGUGCCACCUUUACAAAUGCCGAUCACGGAAGAAGUCGAGGGAUUGGGCCCAUUCCCAAAGGUAAAUGACACUCUAUCAGAACCAAGAACUCCUCUUCAGCGUGCUAUGACAGAAAAACAAGUGCUGUCACCUCCUAACAGGUUCGAGGCACUGAGCGAGUCAAGCCCUAGUCCUCGGAAACCUGACCCUCGAACGCCGGUCAGAGGAAGAUCGACAAGGUCAACUCAUCGACUCUCAGUGGGGGAACAUCGUGGGGUCGAACAACGUUUCAAUCUCAGUCCUGGGUCAAGUCGAAGUACUUCAAGAAACGGUAGAGCGGGUAUCAAAGUUGAAGUUGAAGUACGAGAUAGCCCAGAGAGGGAGGCACGGGACAAGGGUGAAAAGAUUGUCAUCAUCCGAGCGAAUGUUGAAUCUGUCGACAACGAGUGA